AUGUUUGGUCUCAAGGUUUUACUCACCUCUGCGAUUGCGGGCGCUGUUGCUUCGGCUGGGUACCUCCCGGCUGUCAACAGCGAUGCACCCUUUCGGUACAAUGCGCGAAGGCAAGUUGCCAAUGGCACUUCGCCGAACUUCAAUGGGCCGUACAAUACGCAGGGAAGAGAUAUUGUAGACAGUAAGGGAGAGAAGGUCACAUGGGCUGGUGUGAACUGGCCUAUGAGUGGUGAGACCAUGAUUCCUGAGGGUCUUGAAUGGGCAUCGGCAGAAGAGAUCCUGGACGACAUUGCGAGCGUGGGCUUCAACUACAUUCGUAUGGGCUACGCCAUUGAAAUGAUCGACCAAGUCUACGAUCGCAACGGCGAAGAUGUGCCUCUUGAAGUCGCCAUGAUCCAUGCUCUGGGCUACAUAAAUGGCACCAAAGUCACCAACGAAAUCAUUCAGAAGAACCCCGGCUGGACUACCCAGACCACGCGCUUCGAGAUCUGGAGCGACAUCACCCGCAUUGCUGCGACAAAGGGCAUCUUCAUCAGCCCCGACGUCCACGUCGGAAAGGCACAAUGGUGCUGCUCUCACAUCGAUGGCAACGCCUGUGGGCGCCGCGGCCUCUCCUACGUCGCCAAAUGGGCCCAAGACCACCCCAACGUCGUCAGCAUGUCACUCCGCAACGAGCUCCGCGAAUCCUGGAACGUCACCGACCUUUACUACAACUGGGAGACCCUCGUGGGCAACAUGACCGCCGGCGCCGACGCCAUUCACGCCGCCAACCCCAAUAUCCUCAUCAUCUGGUCCGGCAUGCAAUACGGGCAAGACCUAUCCGCCCUAACCACCGGCAAAAACUAUCUCACGGCCCCCUGCUACAAGUGCACCGCGAUCCGAGACGCCGCGCGCCGCGAACCCAAAGUCUUCGACCUCGCCUCGCACGCGUGGGCCGACAAACUCGUCUGGGAAAUCCACCUCUACAGCAUGUCUGAAGACAUCGACACGGGCACCUGCGACAUCAUCAAAGCAAACUUCUUCCGCAACGGGUUCAACGCCAUGGGCUUCGACGCUCCGCCCGCAUGCAACGUUACCGGCGAUUGCCCCAAGGCCGUGCGCGAGACGCCGGUUAUCAUUAGUGAAUUUGGCUGGGCGCAGGAUGAGACGCUGUUCAACCACACACUUACCCAAUGCCUGAAGGAGUACACCUUGGAGCAUAAGAUUAGCUGGAUGAUGUGGAGCGUGGCUGGGAGUUAUCGAAUUCGCUCGGGGAUCCAGGGAUUUGUGGAUACAUGGGGGAUGACGAAUAGUGAUUGGACGGGCUGGCUUUAUCAGAAGGGCAUUGAUGAGUUUUGGAAGCCUUGGGUGGAGGGCAUGGGGGUUACGAAGGUUGUGUAG